AAAUUAUACCAUAUAGCCUUAUUCCUUCUAGGGUUUCUGUCACGUUAGCGAACCCUAAAUUCUUGCUCAUAUUUCAUAAACCCUGAAAAUGGCGGAGAGAGGCGCUGGAGAUCGCGGUGGUUUUGGACGUGGCUUUGGUGGCCGCGGACGUGGACGUGGAGGUGACAGAGGAGGUCGACGUGGUGGCCGAGGUGCGGGCCGCCGUGCUCCCGAAGAGAAAGACUGGGUUCCGGUGACGAAGCUUGGCCGUCUAGUAAGAGACGGAAAAAUCAAGUCAAUUGAGCAAAUAUACCUCCAUUCCCUCCCAAUCAAAGAGUACCAAAUCGUCGAUAUCCUAAUCGGCCCCUCUUUGAAAGACGAGGUGAUGAAAAUCAUGCCCGUCCAGAAGCAGACCCGAGCCGGUCAGAGGACCCGAUUCAAGGCGUUCGUGGUGGUUGGAGAUGGGAACGGGCACGUUGGGCUCGGCGUCAAAUGCUCGAAGGAAGUGGCAACUGCGAUUCGUGGCUCAAUUAUAUUGGCUAAGCUUUCUGUGAUUCCAGUCAGGAGAGGGUACUGGGGGAAUAAGAUCGGUAAACCACACACUGUUCCUUGUAAGGUCACUGGAAAAUGUGGUUCAGUAACAGUCCGCAUGGUGCCCGCACCUCGUGGAGCCGGAAUUGUCGCUGCCCGUGUCCCCAAGAAGGUUCUGCAAUUUGCUGGUAUUGAAGACGUCUUCACCUCCUCCCGAGGCUCCACCAAGACCCUUGGAAACUUCGUCAAGGCAACCUUUGAUUGUCUUUUGAAGACUUAUGGUUUCCUCACUCCGGACUUAUGGAGGGAGACUCGCUUCUCAAAAUCUCCUUUACAAGAGUACACUGAUCUUUUGGCAAGGCCGACCGCCAAGGUUGUCCAAGUCAUCGAGGAUGCAGGAGCCUGAACUUUUUGGACUGAGAUGUUUUGCUAAGUUUUCUAGUUAGACAAUAUUUAUACUUUGUCUUGCUCUUUCGAUCAAAUACUUGAAUUUUGUUUCAAGUUUUGCUUUAAAUUGAAGAUCUAGCCUUUUUAAGUUUUUCUCUAUUUGAAUGAAUUGAUUUUUUCCACUUAAUUAUAAACUGAAUUUAUCCAAA